CAGAAGAGUGUGUCUCGUCUCUCCGCACCAAAACCUCUCCUCCUCCUCCCCUCCCCUCGGCGAUCACCGCCGCCCCAGCCUCAGAUCUCCCAAAUGCGCGCUUCCUCCUAGGGCGGCAUAUGCCCUGCGCGGCCGCCGACGCGGGAUGGACCUCGCCGCCACCAAGCGCGGGAGGGUGAGGCACGACGACGACGGGGAGCCGGACGCCAAGCGGCGGCGGCAGCAGCAGCUUCCGUGGCAGCAGCAGCAGCCGGCCUCGCGGAUCUACCGCGUGUCGCGGGCGUCCGGCGGGAAGGACCGGCACAGCAAGGUGUACACGGCCAAGGGCAUCCGCGACCGCCGCGUCCGCCUCUCCGUCUCCACCGCCAUCCAGUUCUACGACCUGCAGGACAGGCUGGGCUACGACCAGCCCAGCAAGGCCAUCGAGUGGCUCAUCAAGGCCGCCGCCGCCGCCAUCGACAAGCUCCCCUCCCUCGACACCGCCUCCUUCCCUUCCCACCCCGCCUCCGCCGCUCCUCCUCCUGCUCCUGCUCCUGCUUCCGCCGACGCCGACGCCGAUGCUUCCCACCACCACCAGCUCACCAAGUCCGGGUGCAGCAGCACGUCGGAGACCAGCAAGGGCUCCGUCCUCUCGCUCUCCCGCUCCGACAGCCGCGUCAAGGCCAGGGAGCGCGCCCGCGAGCGGAGCGCCGCCGCCGCCACGCCGCCCUCCUCCCAGGCCGCGGCUUCCUUCACCGAGCUGCUCACCGGGAUGGGCGGAGCUGCGGACAACAAGCAGCAGGCCCAGCAGGCCUGGCAGCCGAUGACCGUCGCCGCGGCCACCGCCGACUACAUCGGCUUCGCGGCGGCGGCGACGCCCAGUAAAUCCGCCGCCCACGCCGCGAUGCCGCACACCUUCGCCUCCCCCGCCCCCCACCUGGCCGGCGUAACCCCCAUCGCCGUGGCGCCCGCGCAGCACUUCACCCUCACGCCCGCCGCCGCCGAGCCGCACGCAGAGAUGACGCACUUCUCCUUCGACCACUUCAUGCCCGUCCACGUCGCGGCACCCGCCUCCGGGCCGGCCGGCGACUACAACCUCAACUUCUCCAUGUCCUCGGGUCUUGUGGGUGUCCACAGUAGGGGGACCCUUCAGUCCAAUUCGCAGUCUCACCUCUCCAGCCACCACCACCAUCAGCAACAGCAGCAGCUUCAGAGGCUGUCUGCUCCGCUGGAUGCUCCCAACAUCCCGUUCCUCUUCAGCCCGGCCGCGGCGCCCACGGCGGCGGACAGCCAGUUCGCCGCCGCGGCGGCGGCAUUGCAGCUCUGGGACGGGUUCCGGCACGCCGACAUCAAGGAGAAGGGCAAGCACUGAUCAGAUCAGGAGCCGCGGCAUCAGGCCGGCGUCUUCUCCGACGGAAAUGAAGAGAUCAAAACAUUGCAACCAAUCCUGUGAGCAACAUUCACAGCUUGAAGCUGCCAUAAUUGAAUGCUGGAUAAUGCAUUCUUGGAAAAAGAACAUCAACUGCACAUCUACCAUGGUCACCAAAGGACCUCAUCAUCACUACUCAGAUGAUCUUGUGCUUUUCUCUGCCUGUUGUUGUAUUCAUUUUGUUGAGGUGAGAAUUUCAGAGCAUUACUCGCUGGAGUGCCCUGAGGUGGGGACGCCCGCCCUUGUAAUCCUUUCUGUUGUAAACUUUGUCAAUGGGAUGCAUGCGGCUCUGGUUUGGCUCUUUGCCUCUUUUAACAGUGUGAGAUCGGUUACCCAUCAAAUUUUAUUGUUCUCCAUUGUGAGAGAAGUAAAAUCCUUGUGAUCCAAUCU